GGUCCGUUCCGUGGCGAGCUUCGGGCAAACUGUCCGCCCACAGAGGAGAAGGACAAACGCGGCAGGGGGUCCACGCGGCGUAGAUUCUCUCGGAUGGGAUCGAUACAACAACAUUGAAGCUCCCAAUUCAUCCUUUUUUUUAUUUGCAUCUCUGCGCGCGCGAGCGAGACCAGCACUGGAGUGGAAGAAAAUGGUCUUCUAGCGCCAGACAUUACGUCGUUUUCUCCAAUUAUUAUUUUUUUUGGACGACGGAACCGCUCGAAGCGUGUCCAAGUUUUCCCCGAAGUGCACCUGAAGAGGGGGUUUUCUGGGGGGAGGGAGGGGGUGGGCUUGGGCAGGAACGACAUGGGGAGCGAACAAUACUUGCCGGAACUUCAGGCGGAAAAGGAAAUGCUGGACCCGGCGUUCCAGCACUCUCUGCGGCUACUGGAUCAAGAAAUCGACAAGAUUCAGAAGGAGGAAGGCAAGGAGGAAGAGAAGUUCAUCGACGUCGUCAUCAACAAGAACAUGAAACUGGGCCAGAAAGUUUUGAUACCAGUCAAGCAGUUUCCUAAAUUUAAUUUUGUGGGCAAACUUCUCGGGCCACGUGGGAACUCAUUAAAGAGGCUACAGGAGGACACCCUCACAAAGAUGUCCAUUCUGGGCAAAGGAUCCAUGCGGGACAAAGAGAAGGAAGAAGAGCUACGCCAGAGUGGCGAGGCUAAAUACCAGCACCUCAACGAAGACCUGCACGUCCUCAUCGAGGUCUUUGCCCCUCCGGCUGAGGCUUAUGCCAGGAUGGGUCACGCCUUAGAGGAGAUCAAGAAGUUUCUCAUACCAGAUUACAACGAUGAAAUCAGACAGGCCCAGCUGCAGGAGCUCACGUACCUGAAUGGAGGCUCGGAAGAUGCCAAGGUGCCAGCGGUAAGGGGCAAGUCAGCCACCCGUGCAAGAGGGACACCUGUGCCAGGACCUCCCAGGAGUCGAGGAGGAGUGCCGCCUUUGCACGCGGCCAUGCCCAGGGGAGCGGCGCCCAGAGGAGCUCCGCCCAGCCGCACAGCAUCUGCAAGAGGAGGGAGGGGGGUGCAACGGGCCAGGGGAGCCCCCCCGGCAACUGCAUAUCGACCGGUUCCACCCAUUGUCCAGGACACUUAUGACGAAUAUGACUACGACGACGGCUAUGGAACGGCGUAUGAUGACCAAGGAUACGAGUCCUACGACAACAACUACACCAACCAAGGGCAGAACUCAGAUGACUACUAUGAAUAUGGACAAGGCGGUGAAUCAUAUGAGCUGUACGGUCAAGAAGAGUGGGCAAACAGUCGCGGAAAGACGCAGUCGGCGAGGACGACCAAGGGAGCGUACAGAGAGCAGCCGUACUCCAGAUACUGAACUGUGUCACGGCCCACGCCCGAGUCCUCGUGGCAGUUCCAACCCAAGUAAUGGAUUUUUUUUUUUUAAUGGACAUCCCCACAUUUUUAGCAAUGCUAAAAUGUGAAAUUUAAAACAUAACAUCUCUAGAAAGACUCUGAGUGAAAUCUGGUUCUAAAAAAGGAAGCCCCACUGCCAAUAAAAUUGUCAUAACGUAAGACAGUGUCCCAAGCCCUGAAGUGAAGCUCCGCUAAAACUUUUAUAAGUGCCCUGUCAAGCUCACAAGAUAGUGGCAAAUUCCUUGUAAUGAAGCUCCUCAGCUUGCUUCAACAUAGUUCGUAGGCACCAAGAUGCCACUAGAAGGCUCAAAAAGCAAUAUGUUUAUAUUAGAAGAGGCUUUAGCCUGAGCAUAAAAACACAGGGAAUAGGUGACAUUUCUACCUAAAUAACAGAGGACAGGUUCCCCCUAAAAAUCUGCAAAUACGGGAAAUCAUGAAUUGUGAAUAUGUGGAGCGAAAACUAAAACGUAGUUCUCACAUGGAGCAUGAAGCGUAACUGCCUGAUGAGGUCGCCAUACGUCUCGUCCAUAAACAAAUACUGGACAGCUCAGCUUCACAAAAAAUGGCCUCGUCACGCAUGGUGGGGGGACAUAAAAAAAUUGAGUAACAUUACAUUAUCUUCGAAGCCGGUCUCAGUUCAUUCGAUAAGAUGGUGUAUGCUCCGACAUUAAAUCUGUUCACAAGGGUGUACCACAGGGUUCUGUGCUCGUUCUACUUUUAUUUACCAUUUAUGGUAACACGUUCGUCUGAAUGAAACAAGCUACUUUCCCCCCUAAUAUCGUGAUUUUAUUCCUGUGGUAUAAUAGCAUUGUCUUGUAAAAAAAAAAAAAUUCCAACACACUGCACUUUUCUCACCUUUUUUUCUCGUCACGUUACAACAUUUUCUCCAUCAAUUCACACUACUGUAUGUAAUGUACUCGGUGACUCCAAAAUACAUCUCUAUUCUUGAAAUAUUUGUGGGCCUCACUCUGUCCUUAGGAAAACAACCGUACUCCUUCUGGGAAAUACAAUUCAGGAUGUCCUUCCAUCUUGCCAGAAAUUAACAUUAUGAAUCAAUGUGUUUUGAGUUUCUCUCCGUUAUGUAACCGGGACGACGACUAUUGUAUCAAGCUAAUUUCACUUUUGUAGUUGUUGCGGUGAGCUAUCGCUGCAGCCCGCGAGUACAACUCAAUGUAUCUCCCUCGAUAUACUUCAAUGAAAUCUUGGUUCAUUGCUAAAGAUGUAAUGGUUAGUAGUAGGAUGUGCGGUAUUGUAGAUAUCAUCUUUUUUUUUUUUUGAGGAGUAAGUGAAAAUGUGUCCCUUGUAAGAUAUGAGUUUUCAAAAAAAAAAACAAAAACAAAAAACAA